CUUGCUGACAAUUUCACUGACACAUAGCACACUGGUAUCCCACAUCCCCGUUUUCCACCACAUUUAUAACAAAAGCUACAUUUUUUUGUUUAAAAGUAAAUUUUCUAUGUUAAAAUGUUUUCAUCGGAGUCAGACUCCAAAGAUGUCACCGAAGAUAGCGACGAGGGACAAAUAUAUCAAUUGAUUUAUGACAUGAUCACCAGAGAUGACAAGGAGGAGGUUCAAAUCCCAUCCAGCUCCGAGAACACACCGCUGCAUCUGAAAACUGAUGCUGAAUGGAGCGCACACGCAUUCGCGAUGUGCUCUGACACACCUUUUAGUGACGGCUCAGAGGACGAAACGACACACAACCCCACCCACACAAGACAAAAGGACCAGGAAGUAAAAGAAAAAAAAAGAAAAAAGAAAAAAGAAGGAAACGACCAGGAAGUUGGUAAUACAAAGGGACUAGACACUGAUGCAUUGGACAGUAUCCCAGGAAUCCCAGUACCAAAGGCUUCAGAAGAAAAGCCAUGGAGGAAAGCUGGUGCUAACAUCUCCGAUUACUUUAACUUUGGUUUCGAUGAAGAGAGCUGGAACACCUACUCUACGAGACAGUCGAAAGUCCGUAAAGCUAAUAGAAAACUAUACACUAAAAUCUUGGCCCAGAAGGAAAAAGAGUCUUCUUCUCCUGCUCCUCCUUCAUCAGGCAGCCCCUCUAUACUGCCUUCCAGACAGCCAAGUGCUACCAAUAAUGCAAAUAAAGGACGAAGGGGAUCCAGAGUAGAAAGGAGCCGACGUCUCAGUGAUGGAGAAAACCAUUCUCAGGUGACUACUGAGAUGUCCCCCGAGGAGGAUAGAUUUACUUCUUAUCCGUCCUCUCCAUCGAACUUCAAUUCUCUAUUUGCAUAUAUUCCUCCACCACCUUUCCUUUUCCGAUCAGGACCGCUGUCUGCCUCCCCGUUUGCUGCUUUGGAUGGUGCAUACUCCAAAGGCUUUGAUGACCCCUCAACUUCAGGGCACCCAUGUUCAUCAGCUGUAUCACCGUUAAUCCCAAGGAGUAUGUCCUCCAAAACUGGAGGGAUUGACACUGCCGAGGCCUGGGAAUGCUACAAACGGAAGGAAAAGCAUGACAAGGACAGAGACAGAUCCAGAGAGCACGGCCGUGAUAAAGACACUACUAGAAGCAGAAACAGGGACAGGGAGAGCUGUUCCUCUUCACACAGUGCAGAGGAGCGAACGAGGCACAGGGACACUACGGAGCGAGGCCACAGACGCCACAGUUUGAGGGAAAAGGAAGAACGGCACGGAGAGAGGAGGCACACAGACGACAGCGAAGGAUGGAAGAAAUCAUCGCGCAGCAGCAGCAGCAGGAGGCCCAGUGGUGAGGACAGAGACAGUCAGAGUAGACACAAACACAAGAAGGCCAAAAGAAAUAGGAAGGACAAGGAGACCAAGAAGAUGUCCUCUGAUGACCAAGGGAGGAAAUUAAAACGUGACUGACUUUCUGUCUCGCAAUCUUUUUUUAAUAAGAUGAAGUGCCCCGUGGCAUCUUACCGCACGUUUCAUCAGAACGUUUUUUUUCAGAGAAGCUAAUAGAAGAUAAUUUGACGUAUACUGUAUGUACAAGAUGUUUGUGUUGCAUCAGCUUUAACUGUUGGUUUUGUUGAGUUGAAGUAAGGCGUUUGUGUAUGUAUUUUCUCACACAACUCUCUUUUUCAAAUGACUUUAUUGAUCAUUUAACCAAAUGUACCAUCAGAUAUACUACACAGGCCGAAGCGUGACAGACCACAGCAGAUGGGCCUCAGACCAUCCACUGAUACACAGAAACCAAGUCAGUUUUUUUUUCUUAAAAGUAAGAAAAUUAGUAAGGCCUCCACAAUAUCACCUAAUUAAUUUUUUUUUUUAACAUUUA